UCUGUUUUUAUAAUUACCGAACAACAGAAACACACAAAAAACGAAAACAAUGUCGAUUAUUUUGUGUUUCUUUUUGUUUCUUCUUCUCCCCGCUCUUUUCUCGUUAAUAUUCGUGAAGGAUAUCAAAUCCUCGAAACAAAAUCUUCCUCCAAGCCCACCACAGCUUCCUAUCAUCGGAAACCUACACCAGCUUCGAGGGUUGUUUCACAGAUGUCUUCAUCAUCUCUUGAAGAAACAUGGACCUUUGAUACUACUCCGUCUAGGGGUUCUUAGAAUGGUCGUGAUCUCAUCGAGUGAAGCAGCUGAAGAAGUUCUUAAAACCCAUGACACUGAGUGUUGUACAAGACCCGUCACUAUGGCCUCAACCGUUUUCUCGCGUAACGGUAAUGACAUCGGCUUUGGGGAAUACGGUGAGGCAUGGAGAGAGCUGCGUAAGCUCGCGGUUCGUGAGUUUUUCAGCGUGACAAAGGUUCGAUCUUUCAGGUACGUUAGAGAGGAAGAGUGUGACUUGAUGGUCAAGCAACUGAGAGAAUUGGCUUUGAAGCAAUCCCCUGUGGAUUUGAGCAAAACCCUUUUUUGCUUAACUGCUAGUAUCGUCUUCAGAUCUGCCUUGGGGCAGAGUUUCUUGGAGAACAAGCAUAUCGAUAAGGAAGGGAUCGAAGAACUGAUGCUUGAAGCUCACAGUAACAUGUCUUUCAAUUUAACUGAUAUGUUCCCCACUGCUGGUCUUGGAUGGUUCAUGGACUUUGUAUCAGGGCAACGUAAGAGACUUCAUGAUGUUUUCACGGAGGUUGAUACUUUUCUAAAUCAUAUAAUAGAUGAUCAUCAAUCCAAGAACUUCACACAAGAUCGUCCUGAUUUCAUCGACUACCUCUUAGAAAUGAUACCGAAACAAGAAGAAAAUGAAUCUUUCAAGCUCACCAUUGAUCAUCUCAAAGGAAUCAUCCAAGGCAUAUAUCUUGCUGGAGUAGACACAAGCUCCAUCACCAUGAUUUGGACGAUGGCAGAGCUCGUUAGAAACCCUAGAGUGAUGAAAAAGGUACAAGAUGAGAUCCAUAGUUGCAUUGGAAUCAAACACAAGGAGAGAAUCACUGAAGAGGAUCUUGAUAAGCUUCAAUACUUGAAGCUUGUGGUGCAAGAAAGCUUAAGACUACACCCACCAGUUCCUCUAUUACUCCCCAGAGAAACAAUGAGUCAAAUCAAGAUUCAAGGCUAUGACAUUCCACCAAAAACCAUUCUAGUGGUGAAUGCUUGGUCGAUAGGUAGGGAUCCUAAACACUGGAAAGAUCCAGAAGAGUUUGUCCCGGAGAGGUUUAUCACUACAAGAAAACACACCGAAUUCCGACGGAUCUUC